AUGUACGUUGUGGCAAUCGGGACGACUUUCCUAUCGUUGACUGUCCUGUUCGUCUCCCUGCGGAUCUCUACGAGGGUUUUCUUCAUUCGCACCCUAGGGUGGGAUGACUUUUUCCUUGUUCUUUCCAUGGUAAGCUACCUCUACGUGGUCUCUCAAACCAUCAGACAACCGCUCAUGCUGGUCCAGAAUGGUCUAGGAAAGAAUGAAAGUACACUGAGUCCCAAAGCCAUUCAGCAACAAAUGAAGGCAUUAUAUAUCACGAUCCCGUUGUACAACUUGACCUUGAAUCUCACCAAAAUUUCCAUGGGCAUCCUCUACUUCCGCGCCUUCAAAACAAAGAUCUACCAACGAGUCUCGAUCGUCUACCUGACCUUCGUAGUAAUCACCGGACUCUGGGUGGUGUUGAGCACCAUUUUCUUCUGCACCCCGAUCCGCGGGUUCUGGGACAAGUCGAUCCACAGCUACUGCAUGCCCCAGAUGGUGAUCUGGUGUCUCAACGCCGCCAUCCAGAUCACCACUGACUUGCUCACUGUCAUUCUUCCUAUGCCGGCAUUGGCGCAGCUCCACCUAGCUCGACGCCAACGACUCGCCCUGAUCGUGAUAUUCGCUCUAGGACUCUUUGUCGUCGCAACAAGCUCACUCCGUCUUUGGCAAGUAAUUGAAUUUGUACGAGGGGUUGAUACAACCAAAGAAGGAAGCAGCGCCACCAACUGGUCCUUCAUCGAAUCCAGCGUCGCCAUAAUCUGCGCCUCGCUUCCCCCCCUCCGGCCCCUCAUAGCCCGCCUUUUCCCCCUCGCAACAUCAGAACAACAACCAGAAACCUCAAAUCAAGGCGACACUCAAACCGACAAAAACACAACCUCCAAACGAGACGGUCAACCCCCCACCUACGACCCCACACGCAGCUUCACAAACACCAAUACAAGCUACUCAGCCAGCGCAACGGGCAAUUGUCCCGAGAAUAGCGACCCCAAGCACAAGCACAAAGAUAGCAACAACAGCAAUGACACCAAAAAUACCAACAACACCAACACCACCACCACCACCAGCGCCAACACAAAAACCACCAUCACCAACGACGUCAACACCAAUACCGACAACGAAGACCCAGCCGGCCGCCACUCAGAUCCCACCAUGCCGCGCCGGCCAUCAGACGGCAUCCAAGUCGUGAAACGCAUCUUCUGGGACUCGGACUCCGCGCACAGCAAUGAUAUAGUUCCUCCGUUGGAGGGCGGGCAACAAUUUCAGCUGCAGCCUUAUCCUGGGGAUUCGCUGCCGGAGCCGCUGCCGCGGUCGUAUCAGUUGCCCGAGAUUGAGCCAUAG